AUGACAUCAGUCCGCCAAUUAAGUCAAUUUUUCAAUCACAAAUCUACGUCUUCCAACGACCAGAUGCCGCGUGACGUGUGCCAGCUGGAAGAAGAUCAAAAAAAAAAUAAUCGAGAGAAAGGCAUUCAACAUCUCGAGAGAGUAGAAAGGCAUUCAACCUCUCGAUGGACUGAUCUAGACAAGGUAGCUCGUAUGGAGUUGUGGAACAGUACAGUGAGAAGACAACAGAGGAAGAUGUUUAUUGGAAUUUACAUACACAAUAAAUUUAAUAAAUAUUUUUAA